CUUCUUUCGCAUCUUGUGCUUACCUCAAUGGCCUUAAACGAGACGAUAACGACAACUGCCGUUAAUUUUACUUAGCGCAGCUGAGUGCCAUAAUGGCAACUACAGCCCCAUCUACGAGCGCUCAUAGAAGACCCACUUUCUCCUGCAUCCGAUGCGCUGAACGAAAAGUCAAGUGUGACAGACAGAGGCCAUGUGCUGGCUGUGUCAAGAGUAACGUCGAAUGCAUCUUUAACCCGAUGCAACCGCCGAAACAGAGAAACAAGCGCGUCAAGGUCAAGGUACUGACUGAUCGGUUGAGACAGUAUGAGGCUCUCCUUCAGGAAAAGGGCAUCAACCCUGGAAACCUUCCAGACCAAACGGAUAGCAGGCCGCAGUCGCAACCUCUCAUGCACAGUCUGCCCGAUCAACAAGAGCAGCAUGUCGUUCAAUUGCAGACGCCUUCGUCUCUUGAGUCUGACUCGUCUCCGUAUGACCUCCAGACCUCAACCGUUCGUGGCCAGGCACCUUUCAGGUUUGUGGAAAACAGUCUUUGGAAUAGAGUGGUUGAAGAAUCUCUCGACCCCGACAAUGAUUUAGAAGACUCAAGCGAUGUCAGCGAGGAGGAGUCGAUCAUCGAUAACUCCGGUUUUGCUCUUGUCAGAUCCGCCCAUUGCAGCGGCAAGCCUCGUCAUCCACCACUCGAGCGCCUGUAUCAGCUUUGGGAGAUUUUUGUCAGUAACGUGGAUCCGUUGACUAAGGUGGUACAUGUGCCUAGUCUACGCCCUAUGAUUGAAAAAGCUGCCAAAAACCUUGGAUUCAUACCGCGAACGCUCGAAGCUCUCAUGUUUGCUAUAUAUGGCUCCGCUAUCAUGUCAUUGAGUCAAGAGGAGUGUGAGCAACGUUUCGCCAAGUCGCGCGACCAUAUGCUUUCUCAGUACAUCUCAGCGACAGAAGCGGCAUUGUCUAGGGCGAGAGUAAUGGAUACUUCCAACCUCGUCGUUCUUCAGGCUUUGGUGAUACAUCUGAUCACAAUCCGCGAGAUCUAUGCGCCACGCGCGACCUGGACGCUUACCGGCGUAGCUGUUCGCAUCGCUCAAAGCAUGGGUCUCGAGCGCGACGGUCAAUAUCUCGGACUGUCUCCCUUCGAAACCGAAAUACGCCGACGUAUAUGGUUCCAGCUGAAAGCUCAUGACUCCCGAGCCGCGGAGUUGUGUGGUCUCGCAAAGUACCGAGAUCCUGACAUCGGCCCUGAACGAGCUGAAUGGCCUACCAACGUCAACGACGAUCAGCUGUAUCCUGGCAUGUCUGAGCUGCCCUCAGAAUUCAAUGGAAUGACAGAUGUUGUCUUCAUUGUAAUUAGAUGUGAGAUGGGAAAGUUCGCCGCGCCACGCAUUGCAGCAUUGCGGCAAGAAGGAAUGGACCCCAGGCAGAUGAACCUUGACCAUUCGGCAAAGAGCAAGACCGCACGUGAAAGCUUGAUCCAAGAGCUUGAGGAUACUAUCGAAACGAAACAUCUUCGCUACUGUGACCCGUCUCAGCCCUUGCAUCUUGUUGCAAUGGUGGUGGCCCGGUAUGGUCUCAAUGUAGCUCGCUUUCUGAUACAUCAUCCACGGAACUGGGGCACAUUCGAGAAAACACCUCUAGAGGAGCGAAAGAAGAUCUGGGGAGUUUGUCUCAAGCUUCUCGAGCAGCAAAUCAUGAUGCAGACCAACCCUGUCAUCAAGCGCUUUGCGUGGAGCGCGUCCUACUUUCGGCAGUGGCAUGCUCUGAUUCAUUUGCUAGAUACCCUUCGCGCUCAUCCCAACCUGAUCGAUACCGAUCGAGCUUGGCGACUCAUCAGCGAAACUUACGAUAACAAUCCCGACAUGCUCGAGGAUAUGAGAAAGCCAAUUCAUGCAGCUGUUGGCAACCUCUGCUUGAAGGCCUAUGACGAUAAUGAGGCACUGAUUCGCUCGAAAAAUGGUCGUUUAUGUUCGCCACCUGGAUUCAUAACACGUCUUCGUGACCAACGCGAUAGUGCGAGGUUGAGACGCCAGAAACGUACUGCAGGUAGCGGUCAUGCGGGUGCAUCUACUAAACAAGCCGAAGCUGAUAUUCACCGACUCGACGGCGGUGCCAUACCUGAUAAGCUCAAUGGGUUGGUGGAUUCAACGCACAAUUCUUUCCAGGCAUCGUUUGGAUCUAUGCAAGACACAAUGUUCGACAGCAACAAUCCUUUCACCUUCUUCAACGACGCUGAGGGCCCAGCUUUCGACGACAUGGGUUUGGACGGCGCCAACAGUUUUAUGGCUACCGACUACAUUAUGGACGAUACAUCGCUAGAGUUUAUAGACUGGAGCAAGUUGGAUAACUGGCUUGCUCAUGCUUCCUGACGGAGGUACACAAUCUAUCUAGCACUGCGCCCUAGUAGGAACACAGAGUACUGCUCUGUAACAUAAGAUGGCGAAGGCGGAGUGAAGAGAACAGUCACAUAAUAUGCUUACUUCUCUCGCUUAGGUCUUAGCCUAGAAACUUGCUCUUAACCUGCGUUCCGCCCGCAAAGGAAAGGACAAGAAUUAUUCUCUUUCUCCUACAUACAACUACCUUUAUUAACGUAGGAAUAUAGAGCUGUCCCCUACUAUUCUCUUGUAGUGUGAAGCAAGUACUAUUGCCUACAACUACCCCUUACA